ACAGAUAUAUAUUACAGCUGUUGGAGAGAAAAGGAGAAAAGAGAUGAAAGGUUACAAAAAGUUGUAACCUACAAAGAACAAAGCGUAUAGGUUUGCUCCUUGUAGCUAUGUUAUGUUACACCUUCCGCGCUUGAAAUGAGAGAUAAAUGUAUAGUUAUUAGAUAUUGAAGAAAGAGGGAAGAUGUGAAAAAAGUGCAGAAGUGGGGGAGUACCGUGCAUGUAAACAUGUAUCCUAACCUGCUCCAAGUUGCUUGGAGCAGUGACAUGUGCUUCCUGAUCAAUAUUGUUAUUUUUCGUUUUUAUCGCAACUGUUUAAUUGGCUAACAGCCAAGCAUUUAAUUAGGAUUAAAUUAAACACGCUCGGUGUUUUAUGCUUAUAUUACGCUUAGAGUGAAGUGUAAAAAUACACGGGAGAUAAGGAAGCUUAGACGAGUCCAGCAGCACAAUUUAUCUCGAGAUAAGUGUCUUGUGAGACAGAGACGAAAUUUUAACGAAUUAAAAGUUGCGAAUAAUCUUAAGAAAUUGACGCAAUGUCUGACACAAACGCUACGGAAACGUUAGCGACCAGCGUCGCGGAGAACGAGAAAAAUCCAUAUGCGUAUCUCGAGAGAGAUGAUUUCACUUCUGAGAAGUACAAGAUAGAGGUGCGCGGUUUGCCGAAGUAUUACGGAAUUGGUGAAUUUAAGAAGCUCGUGAACGAAAAGCUGGACCUGCAAUCGUGCAAGGUAAAGCCGCCCAGGAAAGGCAGCAGCUGGCUGUACGUAUGCUUCAGAAACGAGGAGUGUCGUCAACGAGCGAUAACCACUAUAAAUGGGAUUUUGUGGAAGAACAGUAAACUCACGGCGCAGGCAGCCAAGCCAGCUCCGGAUCCCUUUGUGAAGAGAAAACUAGAGGAAGAGUCCAGCAACAAGCGUCUGAAAACUGACGCCGAGGAUCCAAACUGCUCCCCCACUGAUAGAAUCAAAUUUAUUACUACCCCUUUGUGGAACAUGCCGUAUCCGGAUCAACUGGAACUCAAGCAGAAGGAGAUGAGAUCUAUCCUGAUGAAAAUUGGCCAGCAAAUGCUCGUAGAGAGCAAAGGUCUGUCAGAGUGGAUAUAUUCGCAAAAGAAAUUGUACGAUGGAUUGCCGUGCAAACUGGAGAAUAUACUUUCGGCAGAUGUUACUGAGGCGUAUAGAAAUAAAUGCGAAUUCACAGUUGGUAAAGACAGUGAACAGAGCAAAAUUAUGAUUGGGUUUAGAUUGUCAACUUAUGCCUCGGGUUCUACAGCAGUCGGACCUAUCGACGAUCUUUGUCACAUUCCGGAAAAUAUGAAAAUUGCUGUAAAGAUACUAGAAACAUUUAUACGCGAGUCAAACUUGGAGCCUUUCAAUCCGGUUGAUCAUAGUGGAUACUGGAGACAAGUCACCGCUCGAACCACUCGUGCCAGCCAUCUGAUGUUGAUAGUAGGAAUACACCCUCAGGAUCUAAGUAGCGACGAAUUAGAGGAAUUAAAAUCACAGCUGAGAAUAUUUUUCGAAACCGGGAAAGGUGCCGACGCUCAUGUCACUUCGUUGUAUUUUCAAACAAUAGAUAAGAAAAGUAUAGGCGGUGAAAGUAGCGACUCCUUAUAUCAUGUUAGCGGAACAGAAUAUAUAGAAGAAACGCUACUCGGAAUGAAGUUCCGAGUUUCGCCUCAAGCAUUUUUCCAAGUCAAUACAUUGGGAGCGGAAGUUUUGUACAAGGCGGCGAUUGAUCUUGCCGAACCCACGAUGGAUACGGCGCUACUUGACGUGUGUUGCGGUACUGGAACCAUAGGUCUCUGCUUUUCAAAGCAUUGCGGUGAGGUAUUAGGAGUGGAAAUUAUUCCCGACGCUAUAAAGGACGCCAAGGAAAACGCUAUCAAGAACGAUAUUACCAAUUGCGAGUUUUUUGUCGGAAAGGCGGAGGACAUUUUGUUGCCUGUCAUUCACAGGGCAACGAAAUCCAAUAUCACUGCCAUUGUGGAUCCCCCACGAGCUGGUUUACAUCAAAAGGCUUUAUUGACACUGCGUAAGUCAAGAAAGUUGAACAGACUGGUGUACAUAUCCUGUGACCCUCGUGCUGCCAUGAGAAAUUUAAUUGACUUAGCACGACCUAGUUCCAAGCAAUAUCUCGGUGAUCCGUUGGUACCGGUAAAGGCCAUUGCGGUUGACAUGUUUCCUCAUACUAAGCAUUGCGAAUUGAUAUUAUGCCUUGAAAGGCUAUCGAAGGCGAUGAAAUGAAACGAAUGUACUAUCCAAGAAAAUACGGAAUAAAGAACGUUCAAACGUA